CUGAAUAAUUGUAUUGUAAUUUCGUUGUAUAUAUUACAUGACGCACAUAUAUGUGUGCGUUUGAACUAUUGCUAUCUACUACGUUUCAAAAGACACGUGUGUGCGAGAGAUAGCACGCUGAUAUAUACGUCCGAUAAAAAAAAAAAAAAAAAACUAUGCCUCAAUGUUACGAUAUGCAUCGAGUUUAUAAAACAGUCGCAAGUGUAAUUUGUGCGAUCGAUAAUUUCUCAGCCACGUUUAGACGAGGUGCUCGAAGGUGCUCGAACGUUGUGCCAGAUCAGGCAUCAAGAGGUACGACGCACCGCAAUAACGGUCAUCGUUUCAAAUCAAGGAAGCUGCGGUACAAUGAUCCGCCAGGGUCUCUCCCACACAUGCACAAACAUUCAGGCGUCAUGCUCAUGCUCAUCCAACACGGGACCAAGUUUUUAUGCAAAACAAAGAAUUGAGAAGCGCGAGUAAUUUUUACGCCACGUAGCAAUUUUCCACUUUCUAGAGCGAACAAACGUAUAAAAGAUUCAAACGCGUCUUUACGUGUAUAAAACAACGCGCUUUUAUGUGUGUUUAAAACAUUUAUACACACACGUAUACUUUCAUCUCUCUCUCUGGAAGAAAGUUAAUUUCGAAGUUCACAAGAAAAUCAGCGCGGCAGUUGUCGCGGACAAUUAUUCAACAAUUCGUUCGUAAAAUUGGGAGCACGUUGCGGAAAGAAAAGAAGGAAGGAGAUAGAAAAAGAGAGAGAGAAGUGUGCGUAAAGUGUAUAUACAUGUAUAUACACUUUAUACACAUAUAUACAAGUUACGCUGAAGUAUUUUCGAAUUUCAUUGAAACUCUCACUGAAAAUAAACACAGACCUCGAAUAAGUAUAGCAGCGAUAUAACAGGACUGGAGGUUUGUUUCUAAUAAUUUAUGCUUGUCAUCGUGUGUGUGAUUAAAAAUAACGUGGCGCACACACGCACACACGAUGACAAAUUGUCCGAAACAAACCUCGAAUUUUAUUACAUCGCUGCUCGAGGUCUGUGUUUAUUUUCAGAAAGAGUUUCAAUGUUCAGCGAGGAAAUUAAAACUGUUUCGCGUGUUUUUAUUUUUAUGACCUUUGUGUGUCUCUUCUUCUCGUCACCGGAAUGUAUUUAUUUAUCCGUUCGUUUUUACCGACAUAUUAACAUUUGGACGAGCACAAGACGCUGGCGACGCUCGACGGACGUUGGUCGCGUCGCCGAGGCAAUCUUGACACGUCGAUACAGAGGAGAUCCUAAACCACACGGGUGCCGCAACGCGGCAUGACACGGCUAUAUAUAACAUAUUUUUCCGCAGAGACUCGUUCGUAACGCACACGUAGCGCGCGGCAUAUCCGCAUGCCAUGUGCGUUCGUUUGCAGCACGAAGUAUAGGAUCGGUCAAUUUGAUCGGGGAACUCGAUGCUAUUCCAGGCGAGUCCGGACACGUAAACACGCGACGAAAAACGCUGGUAAAAAAAAAAAAGAAAAAAAACAACCCGCUAAUUUCUGAGAAACGAGUUAUGAGCACGUUGUUCCCCGCGCGGAACGAGCCGAGUUACGUCGUGUCGCGAAUGACACACUGUUCGCUGUAAAGAAUGCGACUGCCAACGGGGAACGACGGUAUCACGGCGACACUGCUGGUGCUGCUCGCCAUAUUUACUUUCCGAUCUCAUUGCCUGGAGGUGAUAUACGCCAUCAACGCGGGCGGUGACAGACACGUCGACAGCUACGGGAUACGAUACGCCAAGGAUCCGCUGAUGGGGAGAGUCGGGACCGCGUCCGAUUAUGGCAAGCAGCUGAUCAUAGGACGUGUCAACACCAUGGACCAGAUUCUGUACCAGACCGAACGCUAUCAUCACAGCACCUUCGGGUACGACAUACCGAUCAGCAAGAACGGAGAUUAUGUGAUGAUACUCAAGUUCUGCGAGGUCUACUUCAACUCGCCGAAUAUGAAGGUAUUUGAUGUCGUGCUGAACGGCGAUCACACUGUGGUCACCGAUCUGGAUAUCUUUGAGAGAGUCGGUCGCGGUGUCGCCCAUGAUGAGUACGUUCCCUUCAGGGUGCAGGAUGGAAAGUUGAUUUACAACGACGAGGAAUCGGAUAUUCUAGCAGGAAAGAUAAGAGUAGAAUUUAUAAAGGGCUACCGAGACAAUCCAAAAAUAAACGCCAUAGCUGUUAUAAAAGGCACCUUGGAUGAUAUCCCGCAAUUGGGACCGAUACCGCAAAAUCAAGAGGAAUUUUACGCCGCGCCGGAAGAGGAGGAGGAGACUGUACGUAGCAGACACACAAGCGGGCCCAGAACACCCGACCCGUACUCGAUAGAGGAUUCGUCUGUGAUGUUACCUGUUUUUGUAGCCAUCGGCGCUUUUAUCCCUUUACUAUUCUGUCUAUGUAGAUUAUAAGCGAGCGAAAAACCGUAUGCACACGUGUGUGUGUAUGUGAGCGUGCGUAUGUGUGUGUGCAUCUAGAAAUGCCUUGUACUUAACGGUGACAGUGUUCCCAAGUGAUUUAGACCCGCUCAUAAAUUUCAUGAGAGGAACGUCUGAAUAUGUAAAUAGCUAAUUAAUUAUUACGCUUUGCGCGCAUUAUAACAAAAACCAGCGUGAGAGUAAACACACGUAUUUAUUGCUAAUUUAUAAAUCUAGGGAUUUUUUUAAUGCCGCCUCGCUUUUCGCGCCUUCACUUGUCGUUUUAUUCGAGCGCCAGAGUGGUUUUUCUAGUGGAAGUAAAGGAGAGCAAUUUUUUUUAUAUCUUUCUCUUCGCGCGAGACUUUGCGACAUUUAGCGUCAAGCAUUCGGUCAUUUAUUGUUGCACAAUUAUCUGUAUAAUUUUUACAUUAAUUGACUUAAUACGCGUCUUUUAAGGAAAUAAAAAAUUUAUUAUUAUUUUUUUUUUAUGCAAAUUGAUAUUUGCAGUCGUUUCCGGGACGAGUGGAAGUGCGAAAAAAAUCUCCGAUGUAUAGAGAUAUGUCUCAGAAAAAUAAUCCUUCGUUUUCCGUUUCACCAAUGUCUCAACCAAGCGUGGAUGUCGAAGUAAAAUCGAAAUGAAUUUUGCUAGUUAGAUCAAUUCUAAAAACGAGAUUAGUAAAAUUAUAUACAGUCUUUGACUCUAGGACAAUCUACAUUUGUAUUUGUAGUCACACUUCGUACGCGUCAGAUAUAAAUGUAGGUGACACCUAGGUAUAUACAUAUAUACAUAUAUAUAUAUAUAUAUAUAUACAUAGGGAGUAAGAGAGAGAAAAAACUUCCAGGGACGUGAGGUGAUUUGUGCUGCCGAAAUCUUGUCACGACAUUGUGUUCUGUAUUUUAAUAUAUCGUAUUUUCUGUAGUUUAUUAUAUACAUCAUGAAACACACUCGUCUCAUCUUACUUCUCGCACAAUCUGAUCCCAAAGAGAGAAGAUUUUUUUCGCGAAUACGUUGAAUUAUAAUAUUAUUUAUUAACAUACGUCCGGGGUUGUGACUUCGAUUCGAUAGACAAUUUUGUAGAAUCCAUCAAGCACCAAAGUACAGUAAUUUUAUACAGUAAUUUUUUUUUUUGCGCACUUGGAAUAAACGAAAACCUGUGUUGUUGGUUUAUUA